AUGAGCCCACCUAGCCUAUCAGCGGCGGGCGACCUCGACGUCCACGGUGCCAUGGCAUCAACGCCUCCACCACCGUCAUCAACGUCGUACCAUACCAACGACGUCGCCUCCACUACCUCCGUCACGCUCACUAAAGAGCAAUUCAACGAGCUGAUCAGGAACCAGCGCCCCGCACGGGACGACGACGCAUUCUCCAUGCGUCAGCGCCUACCCCCAGCCAACCCUCCGGUCUUCCCCGACGACUCGAAACUUACGGAGGACAAUUACGUUGACUGGGUCCCCACGUUGCCGCCAUGCCCGCCCUCUUGGGCUGGAUUCAACGCUCGGACGAAUCGAGCGACGGUCCCCGUUGCGAAGGCGGUCGUACCGACCAAACGCUCUGCACCAGGCAAGAAGGGAAAAUGGGAUCGUUCUGGUCCUGCCCCGAGCAACUGCCCAGCGUGUGGUCAAGGCAAACACUGGCUCGACAAGUGUUCGGAAUCGCGCAAGCGAGCCAAGUACCUCGAGCUCAAAAACGCCAUGAAGGAACUCCAAGGCUCAUCAUCGCCUGCGUCCACGUUCGUGGCCACCGAGGCAGCAUCCAAGGAUCAACACCUGUCCGUCGUUUCUUCUGCUACGUUUGUCAACAUCGGGCCACCGGCGGAAAUCCUUCUGCUAGACUCGGCGUCGGCGUGCCACGUCGUCAACGAUGCGUCCUUCUUUGACGGCCCCCUUUCGCCUACCCCGCAAGUCCUGCAAGGUCUAGGGGGAACGGUGAAGGCCUCGGGAAUCGGCUCGGUCAAGCUCGUCUCCGAUAAUGGUACCAGGUUCACCCUCAACGACGUGAUCUACGCCCCCGAGAGCCCUGCCAACCUCAUCUCAGUCCGGGCCUUCGACCGCAAAGGCGUUCACAUCACCUUCGAACACGGACAAGUCGAGCUCCGCACGCCGCAAGGGUGCAUCGCCACAGCAUCAGCCAUCGCGUCCUGCGUUUACAAACUCAACGCUUCGGUCCAAGCUGCCAGCAAAGAUGCGCGACACACCCUCGUUGCCACCAAGUCCAAUAGGCUACCUUUACUUACCCUUCACCGGCGCUAUGGCCACGCCUCUGUCCAGACACUUAAAAAACUGGCGGCCUCUGGCCAGGUGGAGGGUUUAGAUUGGCCCUAUAGUGACUUCGAGUGUGAUGGCUUCACCUGCAACGCGUGCCUUGCCUCCAAAGCGCAUCAUUUGCCUUUCCCCUCUUCGUCGUCGCAUGCCGCGGAACCACUCGCAUUGGUGCACUCGGACGUCUUAUCUUUCCCCGAGGAAUCCUUAGGCCAUAAGCGAUACCUCGUCACGUUCAUCGACGACUUCUCGAGGAAGACUUGGGUUUACCCUAUCGGGCACAAGAGCGAGGUCCUUCAGACAUUCAAGGAUUGGCUUCUGGAGAUCGAAAACGCCACGGGUCGCAGGGUCAAAACACUUUGCUCGGACAACGGGGGCGAGUAUGUCUCUACCACUUUCAACGGCUAUUGCGUGGCCCGCGGAAUUCAUCGCGAAUUGACCAUACCGUACACACCCGAGCAAAAUGGUCGGGCUGAGCGAGCCAACCGGUCGAUCGUCGAGGGCACCCUGGCUCUACUGUCUCACUCGGGACUCCCACGAUCGUGCUGGGACGAGGCUGCCAUGUGUUACAUUCACGCCAAGAACCUCUCGCCUCACGCGGCCCUUGGUGGAGCCAUCCCAAACAGUCGUUGGUCGGGCCACACACCAAGCGUAGGGGGGUCUUCGGGCAUUCGGUUGUCGCGCUUGGACCACCGUGCCGGCUCACCGACGGGACAAGCUCGACCCAAAAGGGAUUCCUCUGGUCUUCGUCGGGUAUGAUUGACACGCGAAAGCCUACCGUCUUCUCGAUCCUUCCUCCAUGCGUGUGAGUCUGGGCCGCAAUGUGACGUUCGUAGAAACCGAGUUCCCCUUCACUAUCGCACCCACCCGAGUGACGCAGCCGUCCAUCCCGGGUUACACCCCCCAGCCCCCAGCCGUCGAGCCUCCCCCACGGCCACCGGCCCCAACGCCUGUCGAGGCACCCACGUCGCCUGCAUCGACCAGCUCGGCCGACAAUGAUGACACCUCAUCGACCACGAGCGCAACGACGGAGUCAGCCGUGAACCUGCCGCAACCACCUCCGGAUCCAGCUCCACUCGCCAAAGUCAAGCCGAGUUGGGAGUAUGGCGAUGUCGCCAAGGUUGGUCCCGAUCCAGGGAAGUACAGUGAAGUCGACGCUCGAAACAUCAUUGAUGGCCCCCGGACUUGCCGCCAACCCGUUCCCACCAUGAUCACGCGGGAACAGCCAGUCGACGGCACCGACGGACCCACCGCCUCUUUCAAGAGCCUGCUCCUUGCCUUCGCAUCCACCAAGGCCGGCUUCGCAGAUCAUGACUUGUCGGUUGUUCGCGAUCCAGCAAAUUGGGGCGAUGUCAUCCGAUCGGGACAAGAGGACAUUUGGGGCGCUCCGGCACAGGAUGAAUUCGAUUCGCUUCUGAAUGAUUACGAGGUCUUUCAAAUCAUCGAAUCCUGUGAGCUCCCAGCGGGUGAGAUCCUCCUGCGGUCGGGCUGGGUGUUCCGGACUAAACACAACCAGCAUGGCGACAUCACCGAUCACAAGGCCUGACUUGUUGCUCACAGAUGUGCCCAACACCCUGGCCUUGACUUCGAGAAGACCUACGCCCCUGUCGUCAAAUUCACGUCCAUUCGAGCUCUCAUCGCACUCGCCGCGGCCAACGGCUAUCACGUCCAUCAGGCCGACGUCAACAAGGUGUAUUUACACGGCAAACUUGACAAGCCUCUCUACAUGCGCGUCCCUCAGGGCAUAAACCUGCCAGGCAAGAUCCUCAAGCUGUCCAAAUCCAUCUACGGCCUUCGCCAGGCCGGCACCAUCUGGAACACUGAGAUCGACUCGACUCUGCGGUCCCUCGGAUACGUCCCCACCAGGUCUGACAUCUGUAUCUACCGCCGCGAACACGACGGGCACUCACACUAUAUUGCCUUGUACAUCGACGACUUGCUUUUGGUUGGUCCCUCUACCGCCGAAAUUGAGCGGGUGCUGGACGCGCUGGAACUCGCAUACGGCAUCAAACAUCUCGGACCUGCCGAAUAUAUUCUAGGCAUCCAAGUCAAACGUGGACAAGACGGCUCUAUCACGCUCUCACAAGAGCGCUACCUUCGGGACAUCCUUGCCAGGUUCCAAUUCACCGAUGCCAAGCCGGCAAGUAUUCCAAUGCAGCCAGGUGUCGUCCUUGACUUCGAGGACUUGGCGGCCACUCCUCAGGAUCAUACGCGCUACUUGCAGGCCAUCGGUUCGUUGAUGUACACCGCAGUUGGAACUCGUCCGGACCUCGCCUUCGUGGUCAGCUACCUCGCUCGCUUCUCCCAGCAGCCUGGCCCGGAGCAUUGGACAGCCAUCAAGCAGGUCCUCCGUUACAUCAAAGGCAUGCUGGACUUGGGCCUCACCUAUCGCAAGACCAGCCAACCACUCCAUGGCUACUCGGAUGUGAACUGGGGAGCCUGUCUAACGACCUCACGAUCAACCAUGGGCUACGUGUUCAUCUUGUCCGGAGCCGCUAUUGCUUGGUGCUCCAAACGCGAGCACAGGGUGGCCAAGUCCACUACCGACGCAGAGUACCUCUCUCUUUCGUACACAAGCGGUGAUGCCAUCCACCUGAGCGAACUCCUGGCUGAACUUGGCGCUCCGGUCUCCGGUCCAGUCGUACUCUACGGGGACAACCAAGGUUCACUGGCUCUUGCGCAGCACCCGACCAACCAUCAGGGGUCUCGUCAUGUUCGCAUCUCGGAACAUUACGUCCGUGAGAGGGUAGCUGAGAAGGAGAUCGAGGUCCGCUACAUCGCCACCGGUGACAUGAUUGCCGAUAUUUUCACCAAAGCCUUGGGUCCCAAGCCGUUCAUCUUCCAUCGGGAGAAUUUGGGUUUGCGAGGUGCAGUGGUAUGACAGCACGGGGGGGUGUCAAUAUAUUGCUGUUUCAUCCCACUGGUAUUCCCGAUUAUGAUUAGUUACUAGUUGUUGAUAUUAGUCGCCCCGCGCGUCUCGAGCCUGCCUCGCGCGCGCUCCCUUAGCGCUUAUCUUCUUUCUCCAACGAUCUUUACUAUCUUCAUCGGCUCUCGUACUUACGCACUUCGUGCCUCGGCCUCAGUUCCUGAAACAACUGGCACCGCGCUUCUCGUGUCGCGCUGUUCCCUUUCCCUUUUCGUCGCCUACACUGUGCUCUCGACUCUUAAGCUCGACUCCCGACGGUAAUUAAAUCCGGUCACCAAGCACCGACUACUCGAGCACCGCCUCAUCAAGACUCCUGCUAGUCUCUACCACCUCCUAUGCCUUAGCUCCCGCCAGUUUUGUAGCUUGCUUCUCUAUUUUGUCAGUUGAUACGUGUCUGUGCCUGUGGAAUCUGCGCGGGUGCACGUGCGUUUAGACAUCCGUCACUUUGGUAUUGAACUUUGAUCUUUUCAAGUUAGGUAGCGCGCGGGGCGUUCUUCGCGCGGGGGUGUUCACUCUUGGUGUAGCUUUCUCAUCACUCACUCUACAUUGUGGUCCUGACUUCUCGGUGUCGCUACCUCUCUCCUAUCGGAAGUCUUUCCUCCGCGCUCGCACCGUUUCUGCGAUAUCUAUCUCUUCUGCAACUCGAUCUUAAAGUUCACAUUUUUGAUCUCGACGUCGUCUCUCUUGAGAAGUCCCUAGACUCUCGACUCGUCUCUCGUCCCUCGCCUCUCGUCUCGAGCCCCUUCGUCCGGCGCACCCCUCCUAUCUUUGGCCCUCGUGAUACCGAAGACGCAGCCGCUUGGCAUCCUCGAAACCUCUGGAUACAGGUACAUUGUUAUUCCCUUGUUGGUUCUCUUCUGGCAAGGGUUUUAGCAAGAUUUAUAUUAACAUGUUUGGGUCUCAUGUGAGGCUGAUGUUCUCCGCCGAAGCUCAACGGCGAGAGCUGCUUGGUGCCUUUUAUCACCCAUCACCGCCGAGCCUUCGCCAAUCAGUCGCAGCCGACAGCCUGUCGUCACGCGCGCAUCUGCAAGCAAACCCAAGCGAGGCAUGUUGCUCACUACGACUUGCCUUCCGCAAACCGACAUUUUGGAACAAGACAGCGGCCUCAAGCUUGACCUCGCGCGCGGCGCCCCAGGCCCCUUGUUAAGGGGAUGCCUUACAGAAACAGCCCCACAAGUAACCUCUGAGUAGCUAGAACUAUCGAGUUUCAGUUGCGAUUUGCUUUUCCUAGUGGUCAAGAAUGACAUAUUGUAUUUCAUGCACAUCAGAGGCGCACACCUUACACCCCUUGACCUUAGACCCGUUGGGAGUCUUUCUUCGCCUGCGCAUCACACCGUUUGUUCAUUUCAGUUUGGAUUCGGAAUCAGCAAGACUCGAGAGCGAUUUCGUGAUUUUUAGGCGGUUCAGUUGCUUUUCGGGUUUAAGAAAGGACAAAGAGCGACUGUCCGAGAGUCGGACUCUCGCUCUGAGACCUCUGACCUAGCUCCCCAGUUUCGUAGCUCGCGUCUCUCUUCCUUGCCUGCCCCUCAAAUCUUGACAUAGGUCAGACCCUUACGCUCAUCCCUCGUUCUCGUCGUACCAGAGCGACAGCGAUCAUAUCACAGGACGAAGGUAUGCAGCACUGGAUACUCUACUUUAGUGAGUGUUGAAAAUCUCCUGAUUAGGGCUGGGGGGUCACAACGUGUACCGAUGGUGGCCUGUGACAUAUAGCUCCUGCCAAAGCUUUUCAAGCGACUGGAGUUCGCCACGAGCGUCUUCCAUGCAUACACCCAUAUCUGGUCCUGCCAAGUCGAGUUCAACCCCCGCCUCAUUCCGAACUUCGGGUUGACUGAUGGAGAGGGCUACGGUCGCUCAUUCCCAUCAACCGCCCCUCGAACAAGUCCCAUCGCUUCGUCAACCUGGCGGUCCGUAUCCAAGCACUGAAUGGCGCGAACAUCAACAAGCUGGGUAAGCCGCACCUGGAUCGCAAUCAUCUCAAUCACAAUGCUGACACUCGAUAUGUUUUAUUUAGGGGCCUGGUUCUAUCGUCGCUACCAUGAGGCAAACGACAAGGGUGUCGCUGCUGAGGAAGAGCUUAAUAGCAUCAUUGCCUACGAUUCGAGGUUGACCGAAGAUGCGCUCCGCCGCGAGUGGGAAGAACAGCGACUAGCGCAAGUGCCAAAGACAGCUGCGCAGCAAUCGGAGGCGGAUCACUUGAGGGAGAGCGACCUCUACGGACUUGUAGAGAGCCUCUACAAGAUUGAGUCGCGAAUGUACGUAGAUCAUCUGGCCAGGCCGUCGCUCACUGUCUAUGAUUCUGACUUGCUGGGCUUUUGAAAAGGGAUACCGAAGAGCCCGAUUCAGACAUCUUGGAAUCGCUAAGCGCCAAACGCCGCAGCGACAUUGAUCGAGCGGCAAUGGCACAGGCUUGUUAUGUCACGGCCCUCUCGUCCAAAGGUCAGUUGAGGUGUGUUGCUCACAUGGUUUCUGUAGCUUGCACUGAUAGCUUAGGUGCUGUGCAGAACUUCGACAUCUGUGCCAGUGCUCUGUGGCGUUGCAUAAAUUUCAUCUCGAAGUGAUUGCCUACAAAACCAGUCGGGAGAAGCUACUUUCGACGGGUCGUGGCAAGGGAGGUGCAAAGCUAGGUCAACGAGCAGUCAGCAGAGCUCGUGCUACAGACGGCAAGAUUCAUUCAGGCGCGGAAAAGGCUCACAAGACGUACAACAAGGCCGUUGAGGCCUUCGGUCUCGCGAUGGGAUCAACACCUUCGAGCCUACUCAACAAUCUCCAUAUUUCCGACAGCUUGAAAUCAGCGAUCAACCUGCAUGAGACGGAUCCGUUCUGGCAGGACGGCUUUUUCACGCAUGUUGAAGCUGCUUGGGCUGUCAAUCCUUGGGUCAAGCGAGGAGUAACAGCUGUGCGCGCCAAGGAUCGAGUCGGUGAGGAGAAAGCGCGGAUCGGCGCCGAGGUGCGGCAAGCUUUGGCUUGGCUCGAAGAUGAAAAGACUCGUCUCACUAGUUAUCAAACACUUUGCACUAACGUGUCGGGUAAGUUUUCGAUACGGCGUGCUCCAUAUCACCUCUUAUGUCGCCCUAACAUCUUUCAAACUGUCCCAACAGAUACCCUUCCUGAAUCCAUCGACCCAGCUGAUGCCAAGUCCAUAUUCGGCACUGAAGAUGUUGAAGAGAUCUGA